GUACAAAGAAAUCCCCAGUGGCCAAUUCUUCAAGCAAACUUGCUGUCAUAAGGUUAGAGAGUCCCUCAGCCAAUUUGGAGAAAACAUGGUACCAAUGAUCAGGUGUUUUAAUGCACCAGGAGUACAGUGUGCUUGAUUACGAAGAGAAAGUGGUUGAUGGUUUCUAUGAUGUGUAUGGGCCUUCCACAAAUUCAGCACUCCAAGGAAAAUUGCCAUCUCUUGCAGAUCAUGAGACAAAUCUUGGGAAUUAUGGCUUUGAAGUUGUGAUUGUCAAUCGAACAAUUGACCCUGUCUUAGAAGAGUUGGUGCAAACUGCGCAUUGUAUUGCAUUAGAUUGCCCUCCUAGUAAUGUUAGUGUUUUAGUCCAAAAGCUUGCCGAAUUUGUCACAGGCAAUAUGGGUGGACCUGUUAAGGAUGCUAAUAUAAUGUUGGCAAGGUGGAUGGAAAGGAGCACGGAAUUGAGAACAUCUCUUCAUAGUUCAUACAAGUUUGUUGCCUAUUGGGUCCAUUAAUUUAGGAUUGUCUCGGCAUCGUGCCUUACUUUUCAAGGUUAGUGAUUUUGUUUUUUUGCAAAUAAUUAGGAACUCACGUAGCUUUGUUGAAAGUAAUGUAGAGCAUAUUACGUAGCUUUGUUGAAAGUAAUGUAGAGCAUAUUAUGAUUAACUUGCUUAUGUGGAAAAUUUGAAGAUUUAAUUAAAAUAAGAUAUAAGA